AUGCACUCACACCACUCGCACAGCGGCGAGUACAUCUCGCAUGGGGAAGGCUCUUUGGAAAGCAUGGUGGCCACGGCCCAGGCCCGCAAAUUCUCCCACUACUGUCUCACCGAACAUAUGCCCCGGCUUUCCGGCAAAUACCUUUACCCCGAGGAAAUCGAAAAAAACUAUACCGCCGAGAAUUUGGACACAGACUUCAGCAAGUAUUUGACUCACGCACGCAAAAUCCAAACGCGGCUCCGGGAUGCCGGCUCGUUGCAAGUGCUUGUGGGUUUCGAGGUCGAGGGCAUCGACGGGCCGCAUAUCCGGGCCGCCAAAUCCAUUCGCCAGAAAACAGACAUGUGCGUCGGGUCCGUGCAUUAUGUCCACGGAAUCCCCAUUGAUUUCAGUGCCGAGCUCUGGCUCCAGGCACGUGCCGCCUGUGCCGACAACACGUCCCGGUGUCUCUACAAAGAUUACUUCGACUUGCAGUACCAAGUUCUCACCGAGCUCCAUCCGCACGUGGUGGGCCACUUUGACCUCAUCCGGCUUUGCGAGGCAAGCGAGAUCGACAGCUCGUCCGGAAUCCACAUCCGGAGUAUCGACAUUGAGCAAGACUGGCCGGACGUAUGGCAGGCCAUCACCAGAAACAUCCAGUACGUCGUCUCGUACGGGGGGCUCUUUGAGCUCAACUCGUCGGCAGUGCGCAAAGGCUGGGUGUCGCCGUAUCCUCGCCUUGACAUAGCGCAGGCCAUCAAGCGGCUCGGGGGCAUGUUCUGCCUUUCGGACGACGCGCACACCACGGCCCAAGUGGGCCUCAACUACGACAAGGUGUGGGCCUACGUGGUGGACGAACUACGCUUGAGCCACGUGCACCACCUCGAGUUGGACGCGGCGGGCAACACCGUGGUGGUGGCCGACCGGGUCGCCGAGCUCGCGCGGCUGUCCUUCUGGGCAUAG